CUACGGUUUGGCAUUGAGUGUGAAACAGGCUAAUAAAUGUGAGUGGUUCACCGCCGCAACUUCCAAUGUGCGAGCACUUACUCGUCUCACUGUCUUGCUAUAUUUGGGUGAGAACACAGAGGAUAGUGGAGUUCAACGAGAUGGAGCAAAUAAAGCACAGAACAGUUGAAGUGAAUGGCAUAAAAAUGCAUGUUGCAGAGAAAGGAGAGGGUCCAGUGGUGUUGUUCCUCCACGGCUUCCCUGAGCUCUGGUACUCAUGGCGCCAUCAGAUUCUCUCUCUCAGCUCCCUCGGCUACCGCGCCGUCGCUCCCGAUCUCCGUGGCUACGGUGACACCGAAGCACCACCUUCAAUCAGCAGCUACAACUGCUUCCACAUAGUGGGUGAUCUCGUUGCGCUUAUUGACUCUCUGGGUGUCCAACAAGUGUUCCUUGUGGCUCAUGACUGGGGAGCCAUCAUAGGUUGGUAUCUAUGCAUGUUUCGCCCUGACAAAGUUAAGGCCUAUGUCUGCCUCAGUGUCCCUCUCCUCCGCAGAGACCCAAACAUCAGAACGGUGGAUGGCAUGCGUGCUUUGUAUGGAGACGACUACUAUGUCUGCAGAUUUCAGAAACCAGGGGAAAUGGAGGCUCAGAUGGCUGAAGUUGGCACUGAGUAUGUUCUCGAAAACAUCCUUACAACUCGCAAUCCUGGUCCUCCAAUUCUUCCCAAGGGAAGGUUUCAAUUCAAUCCAGAAAUGCCCAACACCUUGCCCUCUUGGCUCACAGAAGAAGAUCUCGCCUAUUAUGUCUCCAAAUUUGAGAAAACCGGAUUCACUGGACCCUUGAACUACUACAGAAAUUUCAACUUAAAUUGGGAGUUGACGGCACCAUGGACAGGAGGGCAAAUCAAGGUGCCCGUAAAAUACAUAACAGGUGAGUUGGACAUGGUAUACAACUCGCUGAACUUGAAGGAGUAUAUCCACGGCGGAGGGUUCAAGCAAGAUGUGCCAAAUUUAGAACAAGUGAUUGUGCAGAAAGGAGUGGCUCACUUCAAUAAUCAAGAAGCAGCAGAGGAAAUCGAUAAUUACAUAUACGAUUUUAUCAACAAGUUCUGAUCUUGUCCAAAAACGAAUUCAACCAGAUAUAAAGUCGCAGCUGAAGUGAAAGGGUGUUAUAAUUGCGCUUUUGUUUUGAUAUUUAAGGUAUCGAGAUCUUUUUUAUGGGCAGGAUUCAUCAACUGCAGAAAACCUCCAUACCAUCAACCUUCCUAUGCUUGUUUGUAUUAAUUAACUGAUAAUAAUACUGUAUGGUUUGGUACUUGCUAAAUAAACUUAGUCUUGUCAUGCAAAUGGUAUAUCUUAAAAAAUGUUUUGAAA